ACUCUGGACUGUUUCAGAAAAGAAAAUGUCCUUCGGUUAUGGAAUUAUCUAUUGGAAUUACUUCUCGCAAGACGUGUACGUCUGGAAUUGUCGAUGGCCAUUCAACGCAUCUUCCACGAGAUGGUUUAUGUUUUGGAUUGGUGUGAUGAGAUUAAGGGACGUUUGCUAUCCGAAGAUCUUGGACAACACUUAAUGGAUGUAGAAGACUUGCUGCAGAAACAUGCUCUGCUGGAAUCUGAUAUCAACAUUGUUGGUGAUCGUGUGAAGAAUGUUAACGGUCAAGCUGAGAAAUUCACCUCCCCGAAUGGACCUGAUGGCAGCGGUAUGUGUCAAGAACGAAUGCGGAUUCUUGUGGAUCGUUACGCUGAACUGCAAGAGUUGUCCGAGGACCGCAAACGACGUCUUGAAAACAAUCGUCGUCUGUGUCAGUUCUGGUGGGAUGUGGCCGAAUUGGAGCAAAAUCUCAAAGAAAGCGAACAGGUAUUAACAACACCAGAUACUGGUCGCGAUAUGGUCUCUGUAUCGUUGCUACUCGCAAAACACAAGAACGCUGAACAAUCACUCGAUAUGUUGGGACGUCAGCUGGAUGGUCUUGAUGAACAAGGCAAUGGAUUGAGAGAGGAGAAUAUCCCUGGUUCUGAAACAAUAGCGGAUCGUUUAGCCACUGUUCGCGAUUAUUACAAUAAGCUGAAAGAAUUGGCCGCCGAUCGCCAUACGCGACUUGCUGGUGGAGUUAAUUAUUAUCAGUUCUUCAACGAUGCGGAUGAUGUGGACGCGUACUUGGUUGAUACGUUACGUUUGGUUGGAAGUGAAGACGUUGGCAAAGAUGAAGGUACCGUGCAACUUCUUAUCAGAAAGCACGAUGAUGUCAGCGACGAUCUGCUGAAGUUCGAGGAGAAUGUGAAGCAACUUCACAUGCAGGCCGAAUCUUUACCAGCAGAAGCGCGUGAACAUCCGGAUGUAUUGGCAAGACUCGACACGACCGAGAAGCGUCGAGCCGAGCUUGAAGAAUUGGCACGUCUCAGGAAACAAAGACUCCUGGAUGCGUUAUCGCUCUAUAAACUGUUCAGUGACGCUGACAGUAUUGAAGCGUGGAUUGAUGAAAAGGGUAAAUUGUUGUCCACACUUAUGCCGGGACACGAUUUGGAAGAGGUCGAGAUAAUGAAACAUCGUUUCGAUACACUCGAAAGUGAUAUGAACAAUCAAGCGGCCAAACUGGCCACUGUCAACGAAUUAGCUCGUCAAUUGUUACAUGUUGAUCAUCCAAAUUCAGAUGAAAUUCUGCAACGACAAAAUAAACUUAACGCAAGAUGGGCACAAUUACACGAUAUGGUCGAUCAGAAACGAGAUGAAUUGGAUCGUGCGCACCGUUUAGAGACAUUCCGAAUCGAUUGUCAAGAGACGAUCUCGUGGAUUGAGGAUAAGACCCGUGUGCUGGAAGAUGCCGAUGAGUUGACGAACGAUUUGACGGGUGUUAUGAAACUGCAGAGACGUUUGAGUAUGAUGGAACGUGAUUUGGGUGCCAUACAGGCCAAGCUUGACUCACUUCAGACGGAAGCGGCCGCAAUCGAGAAAGAGAAACCGGCCGAGGCUGCGAAGAUUCAGGAAGACAUUCGACGCAUUCAGAAUGUGUGGGAUAUUCUGAAUCGUAGGGUUCGCGAACAUGAGGCGAAACUCGAUGAGGCUGGCGACUUACAGAGAUUCUUGCGCGACCUUGAUCACUUCCAAGCGUGGCUCACGGCCACUCAACGACAGGUCGCGUCUGAAGAUGAACCGCAAUCGUUGGCGGACGCUGAACAGCUGCUGAAUCAACAUGCCGCGAUACGUGAAGAGAUCGACGGGUACGCGGAAGACUAUGUGAAGAUGCGUGCAAUGGGUGAUCGUGUCACACAAGAUCAAACCGAUCCACAGUAUAUGUUCUUGAGACAACGUCUGGCUGGUCUCGAGGAAGGAUGGGAAGAGCUGCAGCGAAUGUGGGACAAUCGACAGCAUCUGCUCAGUCAGGGUCUCAAUCUGCAAAUGUUCCUUCGUGAUGCGAAACAAGCUGAAGUGAUGCUAUCGCAACAAGAGAAUUACUUAGCCAAAGAGGACAUACCAAGUUCACUUGAACAAGCUGAAAAUAUGCUCAAGAGACAUCAAGAUUUCUUGACCACUAUGGAUGCCAAUGACGAGAAGAUCAAGGCGGUUGUACUGUUCGGUGAUCAGCUUUGUAACGAUGGCCAUUAUGCAGCCGAUAAGAUCCACAAAAAAGCACGUAACAUCGAAGAACGUCGCGAAUCGAAUCGUGAACGUGCGGGUGCGAUGUUCGAUAAACUGAAGGAUGCACUCACCUUACAGCAGUUCUUAUCUGAUUGUGAGGAAUUGCGUGAAUGGAUCGAAGAGAAAAUGAUUCGUGCACAAGAUGAGACUUAUCGUGAUGCUAAAACAAUAACGUCGAAAUUCGUUCGUCAUCAAGCAUUCCAAUCGGAAUUGCAAUCGAAUCGUGAACGUCUUGAUCAGCUGAGACAUGCGGCCGUAAAACUGGCUGAAGAGAAACCCGAGUUUGUUUCUAUGAUUGAUCCACAAAUUGCGGAUUUGUCAACACAGUGGGAACAGCUGGAGAGAACAACUGAAGAGAAGGGUCAAAAACUAUUCGACGCAAACCGACAACAGCUCUAUGUACAAAGUAUUUCCGAUAUGAAGGAAUGGGCCGAACAACUGCAACAACAAAUGGUCAGUGAGGAUACAGCACAAGAUCUGACCACCGUCAACGUUGCAAUGCAGAAACAACAGCUCAUCGAAAGUGAAAUGGUGAAACGUGCCGCUCAAAUGGAUUCACUUCAGCAAAUGGAACCUCAGCUCGAAGAGAUGCAUCCAGAAGAGGUUGAAGCAAUUAAGGCGCAUCGUUUAGCUGUGCAAGAACAACUACAACGUCUACAGGCACCACUUGACGAUAGACGUCGUCAGCUGGAACGCAAAAAGAAUGCUUACCAAUUCUUGAGAGAUGUUGACGAUGAAAAAUUAUGGUGUGCUGAACGACUGCCAUUAGCCCAGCAACGGCAACUUGGUGAGAGUCUAUUCGAUUGUCAUCGAUUGCAAAAGAAGACACAGUCGCUGAAGAAUGAAAUCGAUAAUCAUGAACCAUGGAUUGAGAAGAUUUGUGCUAAUGGACGUGAAUUAAUCGAUCUGGGUCAUGAGAACAGUGCGAUGUUUGAGUUGAAAAUCAGUGAACUGCAAAACACUUGGAAGGAUUUGAAAGACGCUGUAGAGGCACGUAAGGCGCAUCUAGCCGAAAGUGAGAAGGCUCAUCAGUUCCUUUACGAUUGUAAUGAAGCGGAAGCGUGGAUGAGUGAACAAGAACUUUAUAUGAUGCAGGAUGAACGUGGAAAAGAUGAGUUCUCGACGCAAAAUCAAAUCAAGAAGCAUGAACGCUUACAACAGGACAUCAAUCAGUACGCAGAUACGAUCCGUAACCUGGCAAGUCAAGCGCAAAAAUUCGUCGAUGAAAAGAGUCCGUUGAGUGACCAGAUUAGCGUUCGACAGGCUCAGAUCGAAAAACUGUACGCAGGUCUUCAAGAUCUGUGUCGUGAAAGACGUAAACGUCUCGAUGAAACAUUACAACUCUAUGAAUUGCAUCGCGAAAUCGAUGACCUUUUGCAGUGGAUUGCUGACAAAGAGGUUGUUGCUGGUUCCCAAGAGGCAGGUCAAGACUAUGAGCACGUCCAGAUGCUCAUCGAGCGUUUCCAACAGUUCGCUCGUGAUACGGAAGCGAUCGGAUCCGAUCGUGUUGCGAACGCGAAUGAUGCUUGUGAUCAGGCAUUUGGACAUUCGGAUGCGCCGACGAUAGCACUUUGGAAGGAUAGCUUGAAUGAGGCUUGGGAGAAUCUGUUGGAGUUGAUUGAUACUCGUAUGCAGUUGCUAGAUGCAUCUCGUCUUCUGCAUAAGUUCUUCCACGAUUGUCGUGAUUGCUUGUCACGCAUCCUGGAGAAGAAUCAUGCGAUACCAGAAGAUCUUGGACGUGAUUCAUCGUCGGUUGGAGCACUGAAAAGGAAACAUCAAAAUUUCUUGAAGGAUAUUGAAGCGAUCGGUCAACAAGUAGCGCAGAUCGAGAAGGACGCCGGUGAGCUUCGGGAUGCUUACGCAGGCGAUAGAGCCGUCGAGAUCGGUGCACGUGAGGCUGAGGUGUCGAAAGCAUGGCGACAACUGCGUGCAAUGUGCGAUUCUCGCUCGCAGAAACUUGGCGAUACGUCGGAUUUGUUCAGAUUCAUGAAUAUGGUUCGAGACUUACUGCUGUGGAUGGAUGAGGUGAAACGAGAAAUGAACACCCAAGAAAGACCUAAGGAUGUUUCCGGUGUUGAGUUGCUAAUGAACAAUCAUCAAAGUUUAAAAGCUGAAAUAGACGCUCGUGAAGAAAACUUCAACGUUUGUAUAUCGUUGGGACGAGAUCUGUUGAAUCGCAAACAUUAUGCAUCAUCUGAAAUCGAGAAGAAAUUAAUCAAACUGACAACGGAAAGAGCGGAAAUGAUGCGACGUUGGGAGGAUCGAUGGGAAUACCUGCAACUGAUAUUGGAGGUGUAUCAGUUCGCGAGAGACGCUGCCGUUGCGGAGAGUUGGUUAAUGGCCCAAGAGCCGUAUCUGAUAUCGCGUGAAUAUGGCCGCAAUCUUGAAGAGACAAUAAAACUGAUCAAGAAGCACGAAGCGUUCGAAAAAUCUGCAUCCGCUCAAGAGGAGAGAUUCCUGGCUCUCGAAAAACUUACUACGUUGGAACUGAUCGCACAACAAUACGUGGUCUGGCUGAAUAUGGGCGGCACUAAACGUAAACUUCAAGGGCUUGUGCCCAGUGCAGAUCUUCGUUUCAUUGAACGACUCGAACGUGAAAUGGUAUAG